AUGUGCAGAUUCCUCAUAUACAAGGGCAAAGAGCCCAUGACGCUCUCGAACCUGCUCACGAAGCCGGCCCACUCGAUCAUCAACCAGUCGUACGACUCGAGGCUCAGAAUCGACGCCCAGCCUGUGAACGGAGACGGCUUUGGCGUCGGAUACUACACAUUGGACGACGAUCAGGAGAGCGGUGACAGCAGCAGCAGCAGCAGCAGCAAAGACAACAGCCCCUGUCUGUACAAGGCGAUCACGCCGGCGUGGAACAACCUGAACCUCCAGCGGAUCUCGGAGAAGACCCGGUCGAAGCUCAUCUUUGCCCACGUGCGGGCGUCGACGUACGGGGUGCUCAGCGAGACGAACUGCCACCCGUUCACGUACAAGAACAUCAUGUUCAUGCACAACGGCGGGAUCUCAAACUUCAACAAAAUCAAGCUCCGGCUGAUCAACUUCAUCGACGAGGAGUACUUCCUACAGAUCAAGGGCUCGACGGACUCGGAAUGCUGCUUUGCGCUUCUGCUCCACUGUCUCAAGCAGAACGGGUUUGACCCAGACAGCGGCGACGUCUGCGACUUGACGGUGCUGCGGGAGUCGCUCGUGGACACGAUCCAGCACAUCAAGAACUGGGUUAAGGAGGUGAGUAACGACCCGUCGUUGCUCAACUUCGCCGUCACUGACGGCGAGAACAUCGUUGUGUCCCGUUAUGUGACAAGCAAGACGGACGAGGCUGCCUCGCUGUACUUCUCGACUGGGUCGAGCUUUGUGGAGUUUGCGCCGGGCCGGUUCAAGAUGGAGCGGAUGAACAAGAGCCAGAACUUGGUGAUGGUGGCCAGUGAGCCGUUGACGUUUGAGCGGAACGAUUGGAUCUCGGUGCCGACGAACUCGUGCAUCUCCAUCCGCAACCUGAACGUGCUCCUGCACCCAAUCGUCGACGAGUACUACUCGAAGGACCCCGUACAGCCCCGGUCGAACCAGUUUGCGUCGUCCAAGGGCAUGUUGGGCUCGUACCCGGCGGCGGACGACCAGUACAACAACGCGGUGCCUCCCUUGGAGAGAGAGGGCCGUGCGGUGCGUGCCUCGUGA